CGAAUUCAUCUUUACCUCGAAGUGAAAGUCAAAUUUACUAAUCCGUUUGAAAGAUCAUCUGCCUAGUUCCUGCUUUUCUUUGUGUAUUAUUCCAGUGAUCCACAAGAAUGUCUGACCUGAGGAAGCUGGCAGAACUGCUGUUGGAAACACUGCAGCAUCUGAACACUGCUGAUCUGAAAACGUUCUGGUGGUACCUGAGAAAUCACAAAGGGCAUGGACUUGACGAGCCCAUUAAAAGAGGCAUGUUCCCUGAUAACCUAAACAGGGAGGACACAGUGGAUUUAAUGGUGAACAAAUAUGAAGAGAAGGCUGUGGACGUCACUGAGGUUAUCCUGAGGAAAAUGAACUAUAACCACCAUGCUAAUGAGUUGAAGAAGAAGGCAGACAUUCUGAAAGGAGGUGGUUCUAAGCCGAGUGAAGAAAACCCCAACACGAUGGAUGAUUGCUAUUCAAUGACCAGCCUACCCAGAGGCCUCUGUCUGAUCAUGAACAACCAGGAGUUUGAGGAUGAACAUUUGAUGAACCGACAAGGGUCAAACAUUGAUGCUGUGGAGCUGGCCAAGGUGUUCAGCUGGCUGGGAUUCAAGGUGCUGAUGUCCAUGAACAACACUAUGAAGAAGAUGCAGGAUGUGCUGAAGUUCUGCUCUGAGCUAAAGAAGACAGAACUGCAGCAGUACGGCGUAAUGGAGUGGGAUGCUGAGCACAACGAGUUUCCUGUCCUGAAGGAGCUUCCACAACAUGGCGACGCCCUCGUCUGCUGUGUUCUGAGCCACGGACGUGAGACGGGAGUCUGUGGCACUGACAGCCAGAUCCUCCCCAUCGAUGAGCUCCUCUCACCCUUCAAUGGAUUGAAGUGCCCCGCCCUCAACAACAAGCCCAAGCUGUUCUUCAUCCAGGCAUGUCGGGGGGGGAUUCGACUGCCUGGAGUGUUUGUGCAGACAGACGGACCUGCGGGAGCAGAGGCUGGGCUGGAAACAGACGGACCUGCGGGAGCAGAGGCUGGGCUGGGAACAGACGGUGUCUGGGAUACCAGUAGCCCUGUGGGUGCAGAUACUCUGGUGGUCAGGGCCACUGUGAAUAACAAUGUCUCGUUCAGACACAAAGUCACAGGGUCCUGGUUCAUCCAGUCUCUGUGCCAAGAGCUGAGGAAGGGCUGCCCCAGGGAUGACAUCUUAACCAUCAUCCUUCGGGUCAGUAAUGAAGUGAGCCAGAGGAAGCAUAAUGAAGCCAAACAGAUGCCUGAGAUGACAUCAACUCUGAGGAAGAAGCUCUUCCUUCCUCUGCCACAGAAUAUCUGAAGGGCCAAUGAGGAUAUUAAUGUACAUUUUC